CUCUGUGUAUAUGUGUGUGUGUGUGUGUGUGUGUGUUGUGUAUAUAAGCUGAGAAACCGGAGACUUAAUCUAAAUUCCAAUUUGGUGUCGAGCAGUCACUGGCUGUCGAUUUUCUGUUCUCUUCCUCUGUUUUUCUGAACAAUCCACAAUGAAGAUUCUAUCAAUUUGCUUCCUAUUGUCUCUGGCCCUUUUCCUUGGGAUCUCUGAGAAAACUGCACUACCUGUAAGUUCAAUUCCGUCAGGUGUGUACGUUACAACCACACUUGACAACCUUGACAUUUUUACAGCACUUGAGAAAAUAAAGAACUUCUGUGACGGAGGAAACAGCCUAAGAAACCAGAUCAACUGUAAGGGUCUGAUUGUGCAAGGUGAGAAACGCAAUCCCGCAAUUGGAAACUUGAAAUGGAAAUAUGUCUUCAGUAUGCCACUCGACUCGGUCGAUUUGAAUAACUUACCAAUUCCUAAUGAUCGCUCGCUCAAAUUGGACUUCCAUCUUGGCACCCCAAGAACAGUAUCCGAAAAAUGCUUUUCAGGACCUGUUCCAGUGGUACAAGUUUAUCAAAAAUUGAUUGAAGUUUAUAAUGAAUCACAAAACGCUUUGCAGAGAGACUGGUUCUAUAUGACUGGUUUUAAAGACCUAGAAACAACAUCCCCAACCUUCAGUAAACUAUGGUUUGACAAGCCUCCACAUUUCCGUCGGAGUAAACCUGCCCCUGAUGACAGCGAUAUUCCAAGCCUCUGCUCAGGAAAGUCCGGAUACAGUUGUCCAAACACAACGUACUGUUUGAAAGACAACGUAGAGACACGCAAAAUGUCCAUGUACAUUGUGACUGGUGCAGCCAAAGACUACGCGGAGAAGAACUGUUCGUACAAUGCCGCAAUCAUGGAUCAGUAUAUGAACAACUUUGGCUACUUCAGGGGACAAAAUAGUUUGAACUUGACGAUAAAUAGGACGAUUCCUGUAAUGACGAAGAUCACAAAGCAACCAGCUCAAAGCACUUGCCCGCAGAAAUACCAGAUGCAGUUCUAUGUUAAUAAGGAGGCCCCACCAUGCCCAACCAACCCAAAUGUUUUGCUGGAAUUGCUCACUGAUAUGGAGGUCUACGUGAAAGCAUUUUAUGGAUUUGCCAACAAUGCCAUGGAUUUCCUCUACCAACACUUUAGCAACGAUCUCACUUCUAAACAACUCUCUUACGUCACGGACCAAUACUACCUGUCAGUAUUCAGAGGUCACGGUCCAACCUUUGGACAGCGCAUUGAGAUUUGGAUACUGAAGAAUCCACUUGCUUGUUCCAUACAACAGUGCAACUAAUUCUUUGCUGUUUGGUUCUUGGUCCUUUUUAUUUUGAUUUCAAUUUUCUAUCAGCACACACACACACACACUACUCAAAAUGUUAAUCCCCUCCCCACACCUCAAAUCAUUUUGAUAAAAACAAGAAAUAUACUAAUAUCUAC